CCCAGGCUCCCAGCGAGAUCCCCGAGCCCCGGCGGCUGGUGCUGGGAGCCCGGAGCCCUGGCUGCAGCCGGGAGAGGGGAAUCUCCAGCAGGGCCCUUCCCGCUGCUCCCCAGGAGCCUCUCCCAGGGCAGAGCCCCCAGCCCGGCCCGGCCCCUGCCCCGGGGGGCCCCGCUCGGAGGGAAGGCUGAGGAAUUGCGUCCACCUUUCUCCCCAGAUGGGCCCGUCUUCCAGGACGCAGGGAAGGGAAAUGUCUGUGAUGGAGCCAGCUUGGAUGCCGGUGAGCUUCGAGGAUGUGGCUGUGUAUUUCACCCAGGAGCAGGGGGCUCUGCUGGACCCCACUCAGAGAGCCCUCUACAGGGACGUCAUGCAGGAGAACUACGAGACGGUGACCUCGCUGGGAUUCCCCCUUCCCAAACCUGAGCUGAUCUCCCGCCUGGAACGAGGGGAAGAUCCAUGGGUCCCGGAUCUCCAGGCCUGUGAGGAAAGAGAGAGCCUGAGCGGCAACCACACAGCACAAUGACUCCUGUCUGGAUUGUCUCUCUCCCAG